UUCGUUCACCCUUAUUCACCAUUCGUCUGUCUCUGAAGGGAACAUGGCGGUGCAAGGCAGGAUGUGCACAACUUUUUGAUUUUUGCAAUAUAAUAGAGAAUUGCAAAAUACUGACUGUAUUUUUUUCCUUUCUUAAUUUAGUUUGUGAGCUAUUGAUUUCUAAUAUUGUGAAAGUUCAAUCCCUUUUUAGGGAUUUACUAAUUGGACUACAAAUUUUGCCAUGAAAAUUUUAACUUCGGUGCUGGUAUAAAAAUAAUUGUGACAAUUACGAUCGACAAUAAUCCAGCACGCCGUGGUGGUCAUGGCUACGCUCAUCCAAGAGAAUGGUAUUAAGGAGCUGAGCAAAGGCAACCACGGAGUGGUGUCUAACCAUGGCAUAUCCACACACAGUGUCCCUAGUCAUAUGGUGCCCGACCAUGAGUACUGCGAAGCCGGUACCACAGCUGGACCGCAGCCGCCUUGCACCGAUGUCGCAGACGCGGCAGCGCCCGCCGCAGCCGAGGAAGAGGAAGAGACGCCUGAAAUAGAUAUCGUGAUAAACAAUGUCGUGUGUAGUUUUAGUGUUAAGUGUCAUCUGAACUUGAGACAGAUUGCAUUGAACGGUGUUAACGUUGAGUUCCGUCGCGAGAACGGCAUGGUGACGAUGAAGUUGCGGCGCCCCUAUACCACCGCGUCAAUCUGGUCGUCUGGCCGCGUCACGUGCACGGGUGCCACGAGUGAGGACCAAGCGAAGGUAGCCGCGCGGCGGUACGCGCGCGCUCUACAGAAACUUGGCUUCCAAGUUCGCUUCCAGAAUUUUCGAGUAGUCAAUGUAUUAGGCACUUGUAGAAUGCCCUUCGGUAUACGGAUCAUAGCAUUCUCCAAUAAAUAUAAGGAAGCAGAUUAUGAACCAGAACUGCAUCCAGGUGUUACUUAUAAGUUAUAUAAUCCUAAAGCCACGCUGAAAAUAUUCUCCACAGGCGGUGUUACAAUCACAGCUCGGAGCGUGAACGACGUGCAGUCUGCAGUGGAGCGUAUAUUCCCGCUAGUGUACGAGUUCCGCAAACCGCGCACCGCAGCUGACGAGGAAUUACUUCGUCAGAAGCGGGCAGCACGUGCGCCAGCCGCGUCCGCGGCGGCUGCAGUCGAGCCCGCACGUCCGCCCGACGACCCCAUGCACCUGGUAACCCUCUCAGACGAUGACGCCGACCACGACGCCUGGGAGUGAUGUCGUCCGACGAGGACGCCGACGCCUGGGAGCGACGUCGUCGGACGGCGAUGCCUGGGAGUAACGCUGGCGAACGCCGACGCCAGUGAUUGAUGCUGUUUGACGCCGGAGUCUGGGAGUGACGCUGUGAAACUGUCGCUCAUUUACACCAACGUCUAGGAGCGACACAGUUGGACGCCGACGCAUCAGUGCCACGCUUCCCAAUGAUGCCACCCAGUAGCGCGCUCCACAUGACCCGUGCGAUAACGAAACGAACUCUGUUUGGCAUAAAGCAAUAAUUACUAUCGGUUGUUAGUGCAAUCGCGUGUGAAUUGUCGGCGAGCUGUUCGGUUCAUGCCAAAGAUAUUUAUUAGGGAGGUGCUUCGCGCUCGGCCGUGGUAGAUGCCGCUGCGGCCGCUUCGACGCCCGCGCUGCGGGCCGCCCGCGCUUUUCCGAUUCGCCUCCGCGAGUCCUAUUAUUUUCGUGAUGCUCUUAUGACCUUUAGUAUGAGUAGGUGAAGUUGUUUACAUCUAAACCAAAUUUUGUCAUGAAAUAUAACAUGUUCAGAGAAUAAAUCUCUACAACGAUACUCAGUCUCGUUUUCAUUUGUUCAUUUGCAGUUAUGAUUGAGAAAUUUGUAGUGAUAAUAGUGUUCAAUAAGAUUGUUAUAAGAACAGAUGACUGAAUGAUUAUAUAGAUGUUAGUGAUUGUAAAUAUCAAAAGCUUGGACAUUAUACAUUUAAAUAAAAGAAA